AAAGUUAGAUAGCAAGUGUGUUUUGUGCCCUUGUUUUUAUAACUCCUUAGCGUUCGGAAAAAAUUCUAAGAGCCGUGCUGCACGUUGCAGGUCGUUAUGCGGUUCAAGGCUCGGUACUUACUGUGUGAACUGGUGCUGGAGGAGCCCCGAUGGAGACAGAAUAUAACCCAGAGUAUGAUCUUUCACAGCGUGAGGGAUGCUAUUUCCCGAACACACGGAGACUUUGGAGCGGCAGCAUGUGCGGUGUCACUGUCAGUGAAAUACAUGAAUGCGUAUACAGGAGUCAUUCUACUCCGGUGCCGUAAAGAUUUCUACCAUCUCCUUUGGUCAUCGCUACCGUUUAUCACUAGCCUUGACAAUCGAGGUCAGCGCUGUCCGUGCUUCAUCAACACGUUGCAUGUCGGAGGUACAAUACGCACAUGUCAGAAAUUCCUUAUUCAGUACAACAAGGUACAGCUGCAGCGGUUAUUAAACGGCUGCACGAAUGCAGAGGAGAGAAAAGCAAUUCAGAAGUCUAUUUCCAGCUGCACUUUACACGGUGUGGAGGAAACGGAGUUCAUGAUGGACGAUGACGACAAGAGCACAGAAUGAGAUCAAGCGAGUUACUAAGCUGGACGCGGUGCCGUACUAAUGUUUAUUUCCACACAGUGGGACCUUUUUGUGCAAGGUCUGCGUGACCAGUGGUGGUAAUCAAUUUGUUCUACACGUUGGAUUAGCACAGAGUCAAAGCUGCAAAUAACACGGACACUGGAAUGGUUUAAAUGCACAAUAUUAAAAGGAAGUGUAUUUUGCAGGAUGGGAAUUGUUUCUAGAACUCAUGUUGGAUUGUAAAUAUACAUUUAUAAAGUUACUUAUGGGGACAAAUGUGGCCUAGGCUCCCAGAAACACCA